AGGAGAAGUGCAGGGGCGGGGAAACCGCCAGCCAAUUAAGGAGAGGAGAAGGGAAGAAGGAAAGGCGGGCUUCCGCUGUGACUGGAAGGAGAGCUGAGGGGAGCCGGAAGAGACCGUCGAAGCUUUUUGAGGGGAAGAGAAGCGACCGGCGGGAGGCCCAAUUGAGGCGACAGGAUGUCUUCUGGUGCUUUAUUCCCAACUUUGGUGCCCGGCUCUCGGGGCUCAUCAAGCAAAUACCUGGUUGAGUUCCGUGCAGGAAAGAUGUCUUUGAAAGGCAGCACGGUCACCCCUGAUAAGAGGAAGGGCCUUGUCUACAUACAGCAAACAGAUGAUUCCCUUAUUCACUUCUGUUGGAAAGACAGGACAUCUGGGAACGUCGAGGAUGACCUGAUUAUAUUUCCUGAUGACUGUGAAUUUAAAAGGGUGUCUCAAUGUACUACUGGCCGUGUCUUUGUGCUGAAGUUCAAGGCUGGGUCCAAGAGACUUUUCUUCUGGAUGCAGGAACCUAAGACGGAGAAAGACGAAGAGCACUGUCGUAAGGUGAAUGAGUACCUCAACAAUCCACCCAUGCCUGGAGCUCUAGGAGGCAGUGGAAGUGGAGGCCAUGAACUUUCUGCCCUUGGAGGUGAGGGUGGCUUGCAAAGUCUUCUGGGAAAUAUGAGUCAUAACCAGCUGAUGCAGUUGAUUGGACCAACGGGCUUAGGGGGACUUGGUGGACUCGGUGCUCUAACAGGUCCCGGUCUGGCUAGUCUGUUGGGCAGUGGGGGGCCUCCAACGAGCAGCUCUUCUUCCAGACCAGCCGUCCCAAAGGUGCCUUUUUCAAGAGGCAACUGGACUUUCUGGUUUUUCGUUGAAGACGUUUCGUUUCUCAUCCAAGAAGCUUCUUCAGCAGUAUCCAGCCCAUCCAGUCAAAGAUCUAUAGAAAGUAUGUUGGGUUUGGAGAAAUCAGACUCUCUUCAGAAUAUACAAGAGAUGCUUCAAUCAAUUCAAGAGGCCUUGGUCAAAACCCAAGAAACUAUGGCAAAAAAUCAUGAGGAGAUCAAAAAUGAAAUAAGGGAGUUGAGGGGGGAGAUACGUAAGUUGAAUGAAAAAAUGGGAAAUUUUCAGCAAAUGAUAGGUAAAAAUGAACAGAGGAUACAGAAAAUGGAGGAAAAAGCAGAACAAACAGAGAAAAAAGUGGAGGAAAUAGCACAAGUUAAUAAAGGCCUGGAGAAGACAGUAAUUGUCCUGGAGAUGGAAAAGGCAGCUUACUUCCUGAGAUUCCAGAAUAUUGAAGAAGAGAAAGGGGAAGACCUGAUGGACGUGAUGACAGAGUUGUUGGCUGGAGCUCUACAGAAAACUAAACGAGAGGUCCAACGGGAAAUAAGUGACAUAUUUAGAAUUCAUUCAAACUACGCAAGAAGACAUAAACUCCCAAGAGAGGUACAUGUGAGAUUUACUAAAAAGACAUUCAGAGAUGAAAUACUCAAAAGAUCAAGAGAGAAGCCUUUGAAAUAUAAAGGAAAACAAAAUUUGACUUUGAAACAGGUCCCUAGGAGAGUAAGAGAUCAAAGGAGACAAUAUCAAUUUCUGACAACACAACUGAUCAAGUAUAAUGUGAUUUUCAGAUGGCUGAUACCAGAGGGAAUCCUGGUUAUUUGGCAAAAUAAAAGAUUUAGACUGGAUUCACUAGAUAAAGCACACAAAUUUUUUGAUCAUCAUUUUACUGCAAGUGAAGAACAGGAAAGCAGGGAAGAGAUAGAAAGUAAAAGGCAAGAAGAAAUACAAGCAGAAGAAAAGACUUCGCAACAAGAAGAGAGCGAAAAUGAAAAAAGAGAACGAGCAGAACGAGAAGGUGCAAGAGCAAGAACAACUAGGAAAGUAAAACCUAUAUAUAAAUGAAGUGAUGGAAGAAGAAAUAAAGAUGUUAUCAAUUAACAUAAAGGGAUUGAACUCCCCUAUGAAAAGGGAACAAAUGUUUACGAAACUACAAAAAUUAAAAUUGGACCUAAUUUGUCUUCAAGAAGUGCAUAUUAAAAAACAACAUGGCAAUUUAUUGGAAUACCCCAAAAAGGAAAUUAUAUUUGGCAUUAGCACAACAAAAGAAAAUAAAAGAGGGGUGCCGUUAUGUGUUAAAGAAACGUUAACAGUCAAACAAGUAUAUUCAGAUGAAGAAGGGAGAAUAUUGAUGGUUGAGGUUGUAAUAAAUCAGAAACAGAUUCUUUUGAUUGCAAUAUAUGCACCAAAUAACAAACAAGAAUUCUACAAAAAAACUCCAUAAGAAGAUAAUUGAAAUGGACUAUGGAAACAUAUGUAUGAUAGGAGACUUCAAUGCAAUUGUGGAUGUCAAACUAGACUAUAGAUGCAGCAAAAAAAAGUAAAAAAAUAAGGACACUCCCCAAAAAUUUUUUUCGAAAUGACACAAGUAAUAGGCAUACAGGAUAUAUGGAGAGAGUUAACUCCAAAGAAAAACUAAUAUACAUUCUAUUCGAACAGACACCAAUCAUAGUCUAGAAUAGAUAUGAUAUAGAUGUCGCCAGAAAUGAGAACAGAGGUCCAAGAGGUUCAGAUUCACUUACCUUCGCUACCAGUUCGCAGAUGUGUGCGUGCAUGAUAAAACAACAAAUAGAUCUAAAACUAGAGAUGUUCUUGUUGGGUAUCCUACCAGAGAAAUAUAAUAACAGUAAUACAUAUUUAAUUUUACAUGUAACAGCAGCGAGAAUUGUGUAUGCACAAAACUGGAAAAAUGAAAACAUAUCUAUAGAGGAAAAUGUAAUGAAGAAAAUACUAGAAUGUGCUAGAUUAACAUUGAAAAUUAAGGCUAAGGAGGAAACAAUACUUUUUAACUUGGGAAUUAUUUUAUCAAAUGGUUAGAAAAUAGAAGCAGAAGUUAGAAAUUUAGAAUCCAGGAGGAUAUGUAAAUAAAAAUGAAGUAAAUGUGUAAUUAAAAAAUGAACAUUGAAUAAAGAGGAUAAGUAAAGAUGAUUAAUAGAUUUGGAUGAUAAUGGUUACAAAUGUGAUGGUUAUGUGAUGUUUAUAAUGCUUGAUAUUAACUAAUUAUAGACAAAACCAAACUGUUUAAUUAAAUAACGGAAAAUGUUUAAUAAGGAUAUGUGAAGAAUAUGGUGAAUAGAUUUUGAGAAUAAUAGUUAUAGUUAUUGUGUGUAUAAGUUUUACUACUUGUAUUUUAAAAAGAUUAUACCCGGUCAGUACACUGCCAUUGUGGAUAUGGAAAUUUUAUAUAUAUAUAUAUAUAUAUAACAAAGAAAAUUCUAUAAUAAAAAAUACUAUUAAAAAAAGAA